UGUGAACUAUUAUUGUUGGCCCUGCUAAAUAAUAUUCAAUAUUAAUAAACGUAAACAGGAAGUGGUCUAAAUGUCAGAUAUUUCAAAAAAGGUCCCCUUUUUAAGGUCAUGUCUUGAGGAAUGUAGUGAACCCGUGAAAGCCGAGAUCACAGGUGUAAUCCCUGUGUGGCUGACCGGCACUCUCCUACGCAAUGGCCUGGGACUGACACAAGUGGGUGAAGACAAGUAUAACAGCGUAUUAGAUGGCUUAUCGCUUAUACACCGGUUCCGCAUCAGUAACGGUGCCGUUGAAUACCAGAAUAAAUUCCUACGAAGCGAUACCUAUGAGAGCAACCUUAAGGCCAAUCGCAUAGUGGUGUCUGAGUUCGGGACCCACGCCUACCCCGAUCCGUGUAAAUCUAUUUGGAAAAAUUUCCAGUCGGUAUUCUUGCCUUACAGUCAGGUGACAGACAACUGCAAUGUCAACGUAUACCCGGUUAGGGAUCAGUUAUAUGCGGCCACAGAAACUAAUUUUAUUAGACGUAUUGAUGGCAACACUUUGGAUACACACGAGAAGGUGGACCUCUCGAAAUACGUGGCCAUUAAUAUGGCACUGGCACACGUGCACGUUGACCCCGAUGGCACUGUCUAUAAUAUGGGGUCAAGUUUUGGUCCCAAUGGGAAAUACCAUUUGAUUAAAAUCCCGAAUACAGAGAAUCCCUUUGAAAACAUGUCUAUCAUUUGCUCCAUACCUAUGAAGAGGACAUUAAAUCCCUCUUAUUAUCACAGUUUCGCCAUAACUGACAACUAUUUCGUAUUCAUUGAGCAGUCAUUAGUUAUAUCUGCAGCCAGUAUUAUCAGGUCUACUAUAAAUGGUGCAAGGACGUUUGAGAGCAUUCUUGCCUGGAAACCCGAGUAUAAGACCAAAUUUCAUUUGAUUCAAAGAAGUGAUGGAAAACUAAUUGACACGAAAUACAAGUCGGAAGCGUUUUCUUUCUUUCACACCAUUAAUGCUUACGAAGACGACAAUCACUUGGUUGUAGACAUAUGCUGUUUCACUGGUGGCCAUAUGGGGCCGGCAUUAAAAAUACAGCACUGGAAGGAUGUGAUUGAAAACAAUCAUAAAUUCGGUUACAUCACACAAGUCCGACGAUUUGUGUUGCCAUUAAGACAACGAUUGAAUGAUGCUAAACCGGCUGUAAAUUUGGUGGACUUGGACUACACUAAAGCCAGCGCUACUAUCAGUGCUGAUAAGUCUGUGGUUGAGUUAAAAUACGAGGCAAUCACUGAUGAAGGUCCUCUUAUGGGAGAAUUACCACGAAUUAACUAUCGAUUUAAUGGCAAAAUUUAUCGCUUUUUCUAUUCAUUACUACAGAGCGAUGGUGUCAUGAAAACAAAAAUUAUGAAAUUUGACACAAAGACUAAAGAGUCGAUCGUUUGGUGGGAAGAGAGUGCCAUAUGUUCUGAACCCGUAUUCGUCGAGAAUCCGAGUAUUGAUUAUUCAGAUCCUGAUAAUGAAGACAACGGUGUGGUCUUAUGUUCAGUACUCUCUGAAUUGGACGAAACAGAAGGCUUUCUGUUGGUAUUGGACGCCAAGACGUUCACAGAGUUAGGUCGGGCCCGGUUUCGCACCAAAUCCGCGAUCACCGGUACUUUUCACGGAUUCUUUGCCCAACAAAUGAAU